AUGUCAUACAGGGAACUAUAUCGGAACUUGUUCGAUGCACAUGUAGUUUCCCCUUUCUAUUUAAAGCCCUUGCAACCCCCGUAUCCCAAAUGGUACGAUGCGAAUGCACAGUGCGACUAUCAUGUGGGAAUAACAGGGCAUUCCAUAGAAAACUGUACGGCCUUUAAGAAGUUGGUUGAAAGGCUCAUUGGAGAUGGUGAAAGGGGGCUGAUCGUUUCAGAAGGAGAUCACGAACAGAGGAGGAACUACUGUGAGUUCCAUCAUGAAAUGGGGCAUGAAAUCCAGGAGUGUGCGGAGUUUAGAACCAUGGUUCAAUGUAUGAUGGACAAUAAGGAGAUGGAAUUCUGUGAAGGAGUUCAGGAGGAGAGUCAUCCUAAGAAUAGUGAGGCUGGAGCACGAGUAACACAAAAGGUUAUCAUUCAAAAAUCGGCCGUGUUUGCUUAUAAGGACAACAAGAAGGUUCCCUGGAAUUACGAUUGUAAUGUGACAAUUUCAGGGAAAGAGGAUGUAAUCAGUAAGAUGGAUCAGGAUGAGGGUUCCUGUACUCAUAGUGGAAAACGCUACGAUCAGGUAAAAACUCGAGUAGAGCCAACAAAAGAUGAAGUUUCAACUGAAAAGAAGGGGAACAUGGUUGAACCCAAAUUAUUGGUUAAUGAGCCAGUAAGAGAGGAAGAAGCUAGGGAGUUUCUAAAAUUUCUAAAGCAUAGCGAGUACAGCGUUGUGGAACAGUUGCACAAACAACUAGCUCGCAUAUCCGUGUUAGCUUUACUUCUGAGCUCGGAGGGGCAUCGAAAUGCACUGUUGAAAGUACUAAAUGAAACCUAUGUGGCCGAUGAUAUUUAUGUCAACAAACUGGAUCGACUGGUCAGUAAUAUAAGUGCCGAUAACUUCAUCUUUUUCAAUGAUGACGAAAUACCACCUGGAGGUAUGGGUUCUACUAGAGCUUUGCACAUCACUACUAGGUGCAAAGGGUACAUAUUACCGGGAGUUCUGGUAGAUAAUGGAUCGGCAUUGAAUGUAUUGCCCCUGUCCACACUCAAUAGGCUACCUGUGGAUAGUUCUCAUAUGAAGUCGUGCCAGAAUGUAGUGAGGGCAUUUGAUGGCACUGAAAAGAGGGUCAUAGGAAGAAUUGGCAUACCUUUGUUGAUUGGCCCAAUUAUCUACGAGGUGGACUUCCUGGUGAUGGACAUUAGGCCUUUGUACAGUUGUCUAUUAGAAAGGCCAUGGAUACAUUCAGCAGGAGCGGUACCAUCAUCGUUACAUCAAAAGCUGAAGCUGGUGUUGGAAGGACGACUAAUGAUAAUAAACGCUGAAGAGGAUAUUAUUGCAAUGGUAGCUAAUGAUACACCGUUUUUGGAGACCAGCGAGGAUGCAAUUGAAUGGAAACAAGAUCCCGAAGCCCAGAAUAUCAAAGACUACAAAGAUGGGUCUACAGUUGACAGUGGGAAAAGGAGCUUUUUCGAGGAAAGGAUUGGGGAGAUAUCUUUAGGGUCGAGUCGAAGCCCAGUGUUGAAGAACAAGCACGACCAUUUUGGCUUAGGUUACAAGCCAGAUUUUAAGCAAAUGAGGAUGGAGCGAGAAAAGAAGCAAAUGAGAAGAAGAGCUCGAAGUCUAGGAGGUAGAAGUAUUCAUGCCGUAUGUGAGGAAUCAUCGGAGGGAGGAACUUUGUGGGAUAUCCACCCUUGCGAACCAGGAAGUGUGCGAAACAAUUGGACUGCAAAAGAGAUACCUAUAGUUUUUAGGGCUUCCUCAGAGUCCCUUGAUAUCAAUGAUACGAAUGUCGCUCUUACAAAUUCAGAAUCUCCUUUUGAACGAAACAUGUGUUUAGAGGGGUCACAGGAUUUUGAAGAUGGCGAAGACGGUGGUUUGUCUCCUAAUUUGUUGAAGAUGACAAGACAAGACCUCAUCAGACUACUCCGGGAAUUCAAAAAUAUCUUUGCAUGGUCAUACCAAGAUAUGCCUGGGUUAAGUACUGACAUUGUAGUCCAUCCCCUUCUCAUAAGAGAAGAUUGUAAGCCAGUACAGCAAAAGCUCAGAAGGAUGAGGCCUGAUAUCUUGUUAAAGAUAAAAGAGGAGGUCCAGAAGCAGUUUGAUGCCGGAUUUCUGCAAGAGGUCAAGUAUUCUGAGUGGGUGGCCAACAUUGUACCAGUUCCAAAGAAAGAUGGGAAAGUACGAAUGUGUGUAGAUUACUGGGAUUUGAACAAGGCUAGUCCAAAAGACAACUUCCCAUUACCCCACAUCGACACAUUGGUAGAUAAUACGGCAGGCUAUUCAUUAUUUUCUUUCAUGGAUGGUUUUUCAGGGGAGAUCGAGGUUUAUGUUGACGAUAUGAUCGCGAAAUCCAGAACGGAGGAGGAACAUGUGCAGGUCUUGAGAAAAUUAUUCUUAAGAUUGAGAAAGUUCCAGCUCAAGCUUAAUCCAGCGAAAUGCACUUUUGGGGCCAGGUCAGGAAAAUUGCUAGGCUUCGUAGUCAGUGAAAAGGGAAUUGAGAUUGACCUAGACAAAGUGAAGGCAAUUCGAGAUUUACCUCCACCUUGCACCCAGAAAGAAGUUCGAGAAUGCGAAGAAGCCUUUAACAAGGUGAAACAAUCUUUGUCUAGUACUCCAGUGCUGUCACCACCUAGCCCGGAUAGGCCGCUGAUAUUGCAUCUGGCAGUGUUUGAUAAUUCCAUGGGGUGUGUGCUAGGUCACCAUGAUGAAACGGGAAGGAAGGAAAGGGCGAUAUAUUACCUCAGUAAGAAAUUCACUGACUGUGAAAUGAGGAUGGCCCGGUGGCAGAUCUUAUUGUCUGAAUUCGAUAUAGUCUAUGUGAGUCAAAAAGCUGUAAAAGGGAGCGCAAUAGCUGACUUUCUGGCUAGUAGGGCUUUGGAAGAUUACGAACCAUUAAGUUUCUAUUUUCCGAAUGAAGACUUGUUGUAUGUAGCCAUUACUGAAGAAAAUCCCCAAGAAGGUCACAGUUGGAAGCUAAACUUUGAUGGAGCCUCGAACGCUGUGGGCAAUGGAAUUGGGGCAGUCUUAGUAUCCCCGAAUGGUGAUCAUUAUCCUUUCACUUGCAAAUUGGAUUUUGAUUGUACAAACAACAUGGCAGAAUACAAAGCGUGCAUCAUGGGUAUUCGUACAGCUAUAGAGCGAAGAAUCAAAGUGUUAGAGGUCUAUGGAGAGUCGGCAUUGGUGAUAUACCAGCUUAAAGGUGAAUGGGAAACGAAAGAUCCCAAAUUAGUCAGUUAUCGAAAGUUGGUCCUUGAAUUGAUUAAAGAGUUUGAGGACAUUACUUUUCGCUAUCUCCCGCGAGACAAAAACCAGAUGGCCGACGCACUGGCUACUCUAGCCUCUAUGAUCAAGGUGAACAGACAAGAGGACAUGAAGCCUAUCCAAAUGAGUAUCUAUGAAAACCCGGCUCAUUGUUACAAUAUCGAAGAAGGAGAAAUCGAUGAUAACCCUUGGUAUCAAGAUAUACUACGAUAUGUAAAAAAAUCGUGA